UUUCACACUUUCCAACUGAUGUACGGCUGUGAGCUCCGGGAUGACGGCUCCAUUGGGGGGUUUAGCCAGUAUGCCUACGAUGGGCGCGACUUCAUCAGCCUGGAUAAGGACCAGGAGACCUGGGUGGCGGCAGAUGUCGGGGCUCAGGUCACCAAACACAAAUGGGAGGCUGAGAGGAGCAUCGCUCAGCAGUGGAAGGGCUACCUGGAUCAGGAGUGCAUCGAGUGGCUGGGGAAGUACCUGGAGUACGGGAAGGAGACGCUGCAGAGGAGAGAGCCACCGCAGGUGCACGUGAGCGACCGGCCGAGCCGGGACGGGGGUCUCACCACCCUCUCCUGCCGGGUCCACGGUUUCUACCCACGGAACGUGGCCGUCGUGUGGCUGAAGAAGGGGGUGGCCGUGCCGCAGGAGACAAUCCAAUGGGGGGUGGUUCCCAGCGGGGACGGGACCUACCAGACCCGGGCCAGCAUCGAGAUCGACCCCAGCAGUGAGACCGAUUAUACCUGCUGUGUGGAGCACCCCAGCCUGGUGGAGGAUCUGAGAGUGCCCUGGGGGCCCAAGUCCAACGUGAUGCUGAUCGUGGGUGUCGUUAUCGGGGUUCUCGUGCUGGUCGCUGCCAUCGCUGGAGCUGUUGUCUUCCUCAGGAAGAAGAACGGCGGCUACAAAGCGGCUGCAGCUCACGACGGCUCUGCCAGCUCCGGAAGCGACCAGGGAUCGGACACCCGUGUCAAGGCGUGACGGAGCCCGUCGGCCCCUGUGCAGCCGGCUGGGGGGAUCCCAGACGCGAGGAGAGACCGGAGCAGAUCAGGCUCCUGGGAAUGCAACAGCUCAUCAGCACCUUCCACGGCCUGCUUAAAGCCCUUUGCCUUGAUUGUACCCAAGCUAAACGCCCACCUGUGAGACAGCAACUGCAGCUUUCACUUUAGAAUUGAAACCUCCGUGGCUGCAGCCUGCCAGGGAUUGUCAGGGUCGCUUAUUAUUUGAUUUCUACAGAACUAUCUUGUUUUGAAAAAAUGAAAACUUGUAUCAAUGAAGAUCUUGUUUGUAUAGAAAAAUAACCAGGGUUGGCUGGACUGAAUUGUUAGUGUAGGGCUGUACCCAGCACCUACUGUUCUGUUCGCUUGGAUUGUAACUUAGCCCCCGGUUUCUGUUUCUGUGGUGAUUAAGGGAUUAAGAUGUUCUUCUUUUUGCUGCUGCAGCUUCCUGUGUAAUGGGCUAAAUCCUGCUGUCAGGGCACUGGUCACUCCAGGGUAAGGCCUUGUCUACAUUGCGAUUUGCACUGGUGUAACAAAAGAGGUGUGAGUUUGAAGUGGGCUCGUUAAAUCCCUGUGUGGACACUCUUAGUCUGGUGUAAGACAGGGCUUGUUUUGAUUUAAACCGAUUCCCAAGUGACUCAAGCGACACGAGAAAAAGCCACUGCUUCUACCAGAAUCAGCGUCCCCUAACUGAUCUGGUGCACGUUUGUGUGUAGACAAAGCCUAAGCUGGCGCCAAUUCUGCUCCCAAAUGGGUUGAUUUUGUGUGUGACGCGUGUAAUUUUUUUC